AUGUCAACGCAAACUCUAAGUUACACAAGAGAAUCUUUAAUUGAUGAAAACCAACAUUUUGAUGAUUAUUACAUUGUUUGUGUUAAAUUAAAUGUUACUGAUACCUUCUGUCCAAAAUGGCUUGACAAAUUAGAAAGACUAAAAAAAUGUCUAAAUAUAUCGAAAGUAUUCGACAACCUAGAUAUGUUUUACAUCUAUCUAGAUUCAAUUAAUAAUGAAAAAAUAUUUGUGAUUUUGAUGACAGGACAUACUUCUGAAGAUUGGGCUUGGCAUAUGUUUAGACUUCCGUAUUCAUCGCCUGUAGACAUCAAUAAAUGUAUCUUCUAUCAUCCACAAGUUGUUCGUAUUUAUAUAUUUGAAAAUAACAAAUUAACACUGAACAUCGCAUUACAUCAAUUUCGUUCGAAAAAAAGUUUACUUAAAAGACAGCAAACAUUGUAUAUGACUAACAAUCAAGAGAAAUUAUGGAAUGAAGUAAGCGACACAACUACAGCCGAUGAAAUAGAUGUAAUUUGUUAUGACAAGAAUGUUUUGGACAGAUUUCACGAUGAGUUUCAUCGAUUUAACAGUUCAUCUUUUCACAAAUACAAUGUUUUCGAAGAAGUUAACCUCGUACUCAAGCACAUUGAUUUAUCUGCGUCACAAAAUAUCGUUUUAAUUAUUGUCGAUCCAUCCUUAAAUAAUGUAUUAAGAACUAUUAACAAUAAUAAAUAUUACUUCCUACAAAUAAAACUAAAAUCGAUUUAUAUCUACGAAAUCGACCGUGUUCAUCCAUCAUAUUUGUGUCAAAUGAUCUAUUUUAUUGGUCAAAAUGACUUAGUUAGUGUUUUAACUCAAGAUGCUGCAUCUGAUGCCGACUACCUAAAUUCAAAUGAACUUAUUUUCUCAAAGGAUGAAAAUGAAAUAUCUCUGAGAAGUUUAGAUAAAGUUCACUUCGAACUGUUAACUGAAUAUCUUACUUGCCUGCCUCAAACAGAGUCGUCAAAGAAAGAAAUGAUUGAGGAAUGUCGCAGAUGGUAUCAAAAUGAUUCGAUUGAGCAAAGAAAAAUUGACGAAUUCGAAGAAAAGUACUUUAGCGCCAAUGCAAUAUCAUGGUAUACAAGGAACAGUUUUCUUUAUCGUUCAUUAAACAAUGCAUGUCGUACAGAAAAUAUUGAUUUAAUCUAUACAUUCCGUUUUUAUAUUCAUGAUCUUUAUCAACGGCUCCGUCAAUUGCAUAUGGAUUUUAUUAGAGAUUUACAAGAUAUUAAUGCAGAUGUUCUUCAUCUCUAUCGUGGGCAGCGUAUGUCAUCUAGUGAGUUUCAAGAACUGAAACAAAACAUUGGCAAACUCUAUUCCACAACUACAUUUCUUUCGGCAACAUUUGACCCUGAUGCUGCACGUUUAUUUGCUUCAUUUUAUGAUGAUGACAAACAGUCAGAUUAUAAGAAUGUAUUAUUCAAAUAUAUAGUUAACCAUAAUCUUGGACAGACAAAACCGUUUGCUGACAUUUCAGAAGAAAGCGUUAUGCAACAUGAGCGGGAAGUAUUAUUUUGUAUGGGUAGCGUUUUUCGCAUUGAUUCAAUCCAACAGUCAAUAGAUAAUAACAUUUGGAAUGUAAAUGCUACUUUAGUAGAAAUAAAUGAGCAAAUUCAACCGGAAGAAACAAGCACACAAGUUCUUCUAAAAUUAGGUGAUUAUGCAGUCAUGAUAAAUGAAUUUGACAAAGCUGAACUUUUUUAUCACCAGAUUCUUGAAGAUGAUAAAGAGAAUAUCGAUGCCAUGAUUCAAGUUUACGAACGUAUUGCUCGCCUAUAUACAAUCAAGAAUGAGUAUUCAGCAGCAAUUGAAAUGUACCAAAAAAUAAUUGCUUUAAGCACAGAUUCACUCUAUAAAAAAGUUGAAAUUCAUAUGAAGAUUGCUCAAAUAUAUAAUAAAAUUUGCGAAUACGCACAAGCCGUUGUAUAUUUUGAGUUAGCGCUUGACUUCUUUGCCGAUAAAAAUUGCACUGAUUGUGCCAAAUUAUACUCUUGUAUUGGUGAUAUGCAUAGCAUACAAAGGAAUUGGUCAGCAGCACAACAAAACUAUAUGAAAGCACUUGUAGUUGAAAAUUGUCCCGAAGAAUUACGUGAUACAUGCAGGAGAAGCCUUCAAUGUGUUUAA